AUGGCCGAUUCAAAGCUCAAGUUCAAAUGUCCUGUUUGCUUAGAGGUACUGAAAUCGCCCAAAAUUUUGCCUUGUCUUCAUUCAUUUUGUCAACAAUGCAUACAUGAAAUAAUCUUAGCUACAGUCCAAAACAAAGAACCGAAACCAACACAAUUUACAUGCCCAAUAUGUCACACCGUUGUCAAACCAAGAGACCCAACAGUUGACAUUGAAAACUGGGCUUCGAUACUGCAAGACAACCACGUUGUGGAAACUGCUGAAAGGCAAGAGUGUCAUACUUGUAAACAUCACAACGAAACAUCCGUUGCCAACUUCUGGUGCAAGGAUUGCAAUGAAGUUUUUUGUGAAAAAUGCAAUGCUAUGCACGGUUGGGUGAAAAUGACUUCUUCGCAUAAUGUCAUUCCGAUAGAAGAUGCAAAAUUCUUUGAUUCUGGUUUCGAUCUGGAAGUUAUAUCAGAAAAAUGUAGCCUCCACCCUUCAAACAUUAUCGAAGCAUUAUGUACUGAUCACGAAGAACUGUGUUGUGUAUUAUGUUUAACCUCAAGUCAUCGUAAAUGCGAAAAUGUCAAAACGCUUUCUGAAAUUACUCUAACGAAUAGAGGUAAUGGAACCUUGGAAGAAGUCUUACAGAAAAUGAAACAGGAAACGGAUAUCCUUCUUGCCGUUAAAGAAACGAAACUUAAAUUACUGAAAGAUACGACUGAAAUAAUAGAAAAGGAUGCUGUUAAGUUCGUGCAGACAAUUAAGUGUAAGAUUGAUGAUCUGUUGGGAAACUUUAUUAAACAAUUGCAAAUUAUACAAGACGAGCAGGAUUUAAAUAUUCAAGCGGAUGUACAAUUUCUCAACGACUUCAUGAGAACAUUAGCGCACUGGAUAAGCGCAACUGAAAUCAUUAGAAAAUAUGGUACAGAAACUCAAUUUUUCAUUCAUUCGAAAACUAUGAUUGGCCAGAUCAACGAAAAUAUUACACAACUUGGGAAGAGAUUUAUUCCUGAUAUUGACACACAUAUUUCUUUCAAUAAGCAUUAUGUUCUAACGCAGAUUGUUACUGAUAUCAAAGGCAUUGGAACAGCGAUUUCUGUGAGAACUGUAACAGGUGUUGUGUUGCAUAGUUCUGUGAAGAGGGUACUGAAUGUUGUGUAUCAUCACUCUAUGAUGAAAGUGAAAUCUGUUGUGUACUAUGUGUCUAUAAAGAGUGUACAUAAUAUGUGA